GAGCAAACAGCGUCUGGCAUUCACGUGUCGACUUUGAUCAAACGAAAAUUGCAUACUCAUGUUUGCAGUGCACAUUUUAUAUUUUGAAGUUAACAUUAAGUUAAAAAAGGGGGCGAGUACGAAGAUCUUUGCAGUUUUCGUCACUGAAAAUAACAAGAGUUUGCUCACCUUUCUUUGGUCUGAUAUGACACUGGAAGCUCGAGGACUUCUCCCUCAAGGAUACACUGAAGAUAAGAGCUUGUACUCGGGUUACACUACUCUUUCAGAUGGCGUUUUGCCUGGCUGAGCUGCACUUGUGGUCCACCAAGAGCUCACUCCAAGUCAAAGAUACAGAUAUUGGCACCUAUCAGUACUACGAUAAAGGAGAGCCAGGCAAUCCCCUGGAGCAUCACUACUACAAUGAGAAACUCCAUUUCUAUGAAACUCGAGGCUAUUCGUGGACCCCCAGGAACCGCCGACCAGAGAAACUACGUGAUUCGCUGAAGGAGUUGGAGGAACUGUUGCAGACCAACACCUGUGUUCACAGCAGAUGGAGGAACAAACAUUGCUGCCAGGUGUUGCUGAGCAAUGGAGUACUGGUGACCCUGACUCUAAAUGGACCUCAGCUAGAACAAGUGUAUGUAGACUGCACAUUAGUGGGACGAUUACCUGCCAACACUGUGGCUGAUGCGGUGCUGAGCGAUAGGCUGAUCCUCCUAUCCUUCCUGGAGCAGAGCCAAGUGGCUGCAGUCUACCUCAACCAAAAAAACCAGGACUCCCUAGAGACUGGCAGGAGAACAGACAAACUCUCACCGUCUGAAAUCAAGGUGGUGUGUGUGGAGGUAAGUGGGCAGGCCCGUAAGCUCCGCAGACGUUUUAGUCUCAACCGUCUCCAGGAUGUGGCGCUCUGCUGGUGGGACUUGGAUGAGCACGGUGAGGUGCUUUGGCCCUGGACUCCUACAAACGUGCAAAGGAAUAACUUGGUCCUGCUCAGCUGCUCACCUGCUGAAGGCCUCAAGGUCCUCGGCUCUCUCCAGACAGAAGGCAAUCCUCUGGACUGCUGCUUCAGCAUGCUCCAGCCCUACCAGCUGCUAACAGUAGAGCUACCUGCAGGACCCCAAGGAUUCAGAGAGGGGUCCUGGGUCGACACCUGUGUGUAUGAAUGCACACGAGGACGCAUGCACCGCCUGUCUGUCACCCGCAUCCCGCUACCCUCCCAUCCUGUCUCCUGCUCACGUCAUCCUUCGGAGACCACACUGCUUCUGGGCUUAAGUGACUCCUCUUUGCUUCUGUAUGACCAGCGACGGGGGGUCUCUCUACUUGCCUCCUGCUCUGUGCUACCCACCCUCCUCGCAUGGCACCCUGCUGGGGCUGUGGUCAUGGUUGGGGGAGAGCAGGGGGAGCUGAUGUGCUUUGAUGUAGGCUUGGCAUCUGUAAGCAUGGCACUGGUAGCAGAGGAGGUAGCUUCAGCUGCCACGCUAAGACUAGCUCAGCACCUGCGCUACUGUGGAGGACUAGAGGGGCUACAGUGGGCAACAGGUCUGGAAGGAGAUGUACUGAUGUUGGCCUUUCACGGGGGACCACUAGCAGUAUUGAGAUUCAGACUAGGAGCUCUGACUGGAGGCCAGAUGGGUCCUGGGGAGCUGCUGCAGCAGCGGCUGCGAUGUGGCCAGGUCAGAGAGGCGCUCGGCAUCCUGGAGGCCAUGGACUGGAGCAUCAUGGGCUAUGAGUGCUACCGAGGCCUGUGCUCAGUCACCAAUCACCUGCUGAGGCUGGAGCUGAACGCAGAGAGAGAGGCCCAACUAGAAGCAGCUCUGGGUGUGUUUUAUGCCCCACCUGCUCCUCUCUCUGAUGUGAUGAUACUGGAGUACAGGGACCCAAUCAGCAAGUGUGCCCGCCGCUUUUUUCACCACCUUCUCAGACACCAGCGCUUAGAGAAGGCCUUCCUCCUCGCCAUAGAUUUAGAAGCCAGAGAUCUAUUCAUGGACCUCCAUUAUGUUGCCAGCGAUAAGGGCGAGGUGGUGCUAGCGGAUGUGGCCAAGAGGAAAGCUAAUGAAAUUGAGGCCCAGACGAUCGCAGGCAAUGAAGAUCCUCCAAGUGGCAGAGAUGGUGUGUUGUGGGGUUCCAGCCUCGGGGGCCAACUGACAGAGGGGAACCAGAGUGCUACAGGACCCUCAUACCCAGACACUCUAACAAUACAUGCUGAUGGAAGAAGCAAUCAGAGGAGACCAGAGGCAGCCAGCAUUCCUGGGACUGUAAGCCCAGAUGUGUUCAGGACAUUGAGACAAACAGGAAGCAGUGAAGGUGACAGAGACAGCAGGAAUGACGAUGAAGACCUCGGGACGCUUCAUGUGGUCCACUUAGGAAUGGUUUAAAAGAACAAACUAAGAUAUGAUAAGAGACACAACAAAAUCCCACCAUUAACAGGCUCUCUUUGUCAAUGUUAGGUUUAUAUUCAAAGUAGUUACAUACCUGUAACUUUACCUGGAGAGGGACUCAAAGGUAGGAGAAUGUAUAGAUGUCUGAUUAAAGUGGAAUAAUGCAUGUGUGUUAUACGUAAAUCAGUAGUUUUUGCAUUACCACUGUUUUAUUUUAAAAUUGAUAAACCAAAAGCCUUUCUUUUUUCUAGACCUGUCAUAGUUUGUCUGGGAAAUUUAGACGUGAAAUCAGUUUAUUUAUUGUCUUGUGAAAUCUAAACCAAAUGAACCCUAAAAGAAAACGGUAGCACCGAUUUCUGCCUUCACAAACACGACUGAAAAUGUUUUAAACCAUUCCAUUAAUCAAUCUGAAAAAUAAAGACUUGUAUUAUA